AUGACGAUCGAACAGAGCCCUGAAGUCGAAGCUGGCGCUGUCGCAGCUGACAGCAAAGACAUCAAGGCGUUGGAUGAUGAUGGAGUGAUGGUAGUAUCUGCAGGCGACGAGGCUCGCCGGGUGUCUGCCAGUAUCGCCAUCGAUCCCGUGGCGGAAAGACGACUGGUGUGGAAGUUCGACCUCCGCAUCUUGCCGACGCUCGCGGUCAUGUAUCUGUUCAACUCUCUGGACAAGUCGAAUCUCGGGAAUGCGAAAACGGCCGGCCUCGAAAAAGACCUGGGACUCAAAGGACAUGAAUACAACCUGGUUCUCUCCAUCUUUUUCAUCCCCUACGUUCUCACGGCUCCUUUCCUCGGCAUCGCAGGGAAAAAAUUUGGUCCGAGCCGAGUGCUGCCCAUCAUGAUGCUCUGCUUCGGCUUCGUCACCCUGAUGGUGGUUGCGGCAAAGAACUUUGGCGGGAUCCUGGCUCUUCGUUGGUUCCUCGGCAUGUCUGAAUCAGCGUUUUUCCCUCUGGUCAUCUACUACCAGACGACCUUCUACCGACGUGGAGAGCUGGCUCGUCGACUUGCGAUCUUCUACGCCGCUCAGUCCAUCGCGUCGGCCUUUGGUGGGCUUUUAUCCUACGGAGUCUUCCAGAUCAAGUCGGGUAGCCUGGCCAACUGGCGCUACCUCUUCAUCAUCGAGGGGAGCUGCUCGAUGCUCUUUGCUGUUUUCGCCUUCUGGUACCUUCCCUACAACGCACAGAGCGCCAAAUUUCUCACGCCCGAAGAAAAGCAGCUCGCCUUUUACCGGAUCCAGGUGGACUCGUCCUCGGUCGUCGGCGAGAAGUUCAACUUCCGAUCUGCCAUUGGCAUCCUGAAGCACCCGACGAGCUGGAUCAUUCUCGCCAUCGAGGUCUGUCUGGGUGUUCCUCUCCAGUCGGUGUCGCUGUUCUUGCCCGUCAUCGUCAAGCGCCUGGGUUAUUCGACGGUGAAGACCAAUCUGUACACGGUCGCCCCCAACGUGUCCGGUGCAUGCAUGCUGCUCAUCUUGUCGUUUGCUUCGGACCUGACGCGACUGCGGUUCCCGUUUGUCGCUCUGGGCUUCGCGUUCACGUGCAUCGGCUUCAUCAUCUACGCCACCGUCAACGUCACUUCGCAACUGCACGUCGCGUACUUUGCGUGCUUCAUGAUGACCUGGGGCACGAGCGCUCCCAGCGUGAUUUUGGAUGUGUGGUACAACAACAACAUCGCCGACGAGAACAAACGGAUGAUGCUCACGAGUAUCGGUGUACCCGUCGCCAAUCUCAUGGGUGUCGUGUCGAGCAACAUCUUCCAGAACAAGGACGCGCCAAAGUACUUCCCGGCAUUGAUCACGACGGCCGUGUUUGGCGCCUGUGGUUGCUUCUUGACUUUGCUUUUGGGAGCGUGGAUGAUCGUUGACAACAAGAGACGUGACAGGAGGGACGGGAGGACGAUCAAAGCCGUUGACAUCCCCAGUGAGUUACUUGCAGAAGGUCCUGCGAGUGCACAUUAUCGCUGGUUUUAUUGA